UCCCCCGCCUGUCCAGGGGCGGCACUGCGGGCUGGGAAGCCGGGACCAGAGGAGGGAAGGAAGGAAGGAAAGAAGAGAAAAGAAGAGAAGAGGAGGAAGGAAGGAAGGAAGGAAGGAAGGAGAAAGAGAGAGAGACAGAAAGAGAGAGGAGAGAUCUGGAGGGGAAGAAGAGGAGACGCAGGGCAGAAAGAAGAGAGAGGAUCACACUCGCCCAGCAGCAUCCACAGGCCAGACUGGGGACAGUGCUGCUUCCACCGCUCCUCGGAUGGUGACAGGGCCUCGCCGCGGACGCAGUCCCCCCGAGCCCCGGCUCUGCAGGCCCUCACUGCCGGAGCCCCGCAGGAAUCAUGCCCAGGUCCUUCCUGGUUAAGAAGGUCAAACUUGACACAUUCUCUUCGGCAGACCUCGACAGCUCCUACGGGCGCGCCCGCGGCGAUCUCGGAGUGCGACUGCAGGAUAAAGGAUACCUCAGUGACUACGUGGGGCCUGCGUCUGUCUACGAUGGCGACGCUGAGGCAGCUUUGCUCAAAGGGCCAUCCCCGGAGCCUAUGUAUGCUGCGGCUGUGCGCGGAGAACUGGGUCCCGCGGCCUCUGGCUCAGCCCCGCCGCCCACCCCUCGCCCAGAGCUGGCUACUGCUGCGGGCGGCUACAUCAACGGCGACGCGGCGGUCAGCGAAGGCUACGCGGCUGACGCCUUCUUCAUCACUGACGGGCGCUCACGCCGUAAAGCUGCUAAUGCCAACGCUGCCGCGGCCCCUUCCACAGCCUCGGUGGCGGCCCCCGACAGCGACACUGGAGGUGGGGGCGGGCCGGGCACGCGAGGUUCUGGAUCAGGGUCCGCUAGUCGGGGCGGCACGCGCGUGGGGGCGGGCACCGAGGCGCGUUCCGGGCCAGGAACCCCGGGCGCUGGUGGCCGGCACGCGUGCGGCGAGUGCGGCAAAACUUACGCCACGUCGUCGAACCUGAGCCGCCACAAGCAAACGCACCGCAGCUUGGACAGCCAGCUGGCAAGGCGUUGCCCAACGUGUGGCAAGGUGUACGUGUCCAUGCCGGCCAUGGCUAUGCACCUGCUCACGCACGAUCUGCGCCACAAGUGCGGCGUGUGCGGCAAAGCCUUCUCGCGGCCCUGGCUGCUGCAGGGCCAUAUGCGCUCUCACACGGGCGAGAAACCCUUCGGCUGUGCGCACUGCGGCAAGGCCUUCGCAGACCGCUCCAACCUGCGCGCACACAUGCAGACGCAUUCCGCCUUCAAGCACUUCCAGUGCAAGCGCUGCAAGAAGAGCUUCGCGCUCAAGUCUUAUCUCAACAAGCACUACGAGUCAGCCUGCUUCAAGGGCGGCGCCGGCGGCCCCGCAACCCCUGCGCCGCCGCAGCUCAGCCCGGUUCAAGCCUAGGGCAGCGGGGCCUCCGCUAGCCAGGUCGGCUCUCAGCAAUACGGGCUCCCCCAGGGAAGUCUCCGCUGGCGUCCGGGCCGAGGGGCUGGAGGGCGGGCCCCUCCUCACAGCAAUAGGGGUAGGGAGCCGGCCCCACCCCGUCCCGCUCGCCAGGAGCCUUGCCAGCCCCUUCAAGCAAUAGGGUCCCGAGGGGAGACCCACCCUGAAACCCCUCCCCUCUCCUCCAGGGUGCCCCCAGGCUUUUUCCCAGCAAUAGGGUCGACCAGACCCAGAACCGAACCUCAUCUCUUAGUUGGGUCUCUGAAGACAGGGGUGAGGUGAGGUAAGGAGCGCCCUCAUCCCUCCUCUGCGCCCCUGGAUCGCGUUGCAGAGACUCAGGUCUUCCCCACCCCUUCCCAAGCCUUUCAGGCCAAGCCUUCCAGGCCAAGCCUUUCAGGCCAAGCCUUCAGCCCGGCGUCCAGGAAGCCAGCUCCACCCGGGCAGCUGGCUGGAGGAGCAGGCGAGCAGGCGGGCCAGAGGCGUUCUGUUCCACAGGCUUUGCAGACCUCCCGGGAGUGCUAGACGAUUUGGGGAUGGGGAGGGGCGCGGACGGCGGCAACCCUCUCCCUCGAGUUCUUUCUGGGGCCUCAGUCCGAGCCUCCCUCCUACCCUCACCUCGCAUCCUUUGCCAAAUCCGAAUUCUUCCAGCCCGGCUUCUGGGGCUCUGUCCUCCAUAACGAAUAAUAAUGACGCAUAUCGGAAUCGCAUGAACUUAUCCGACCUACUCAGACCCCGAUCCCACCCUGCCCCGGGGCCCCCUCCCUCGCUCCCCAGGCUUCGGGUGUUGGAGGACGGAUGCCCGGGCCGGCAGGCUGGCGUGCCACUGCCCUCUACACACCUCUGUAUUUGCUUUGCGGGUAAAGCCCCUUGGGGGGGUUGCGGACGCGUCGGGUUUCUUUCUUUCUGUAUUUAUACGUUUUAUUUAUGAACGGAUUGCACUCGGGUCAGGGAGGGGGCGCCGAACCCUUAUGCUUCCCGCCGACGCCUCGGGCUUAGGUUGUCCAGGACCACUUCCUCUGCCCCAGAGCUUUGCCUCACAGAGGCCGACCCUUUCCCGGAGGCCCAGGCCCCGCCCCACUCGGUCGCCAACUUUCACCCGUCUAUGCCAAAGCCUCGGCGGUGACCCUACCCCAAGGGCCCGCCCUAUUGGCCGCCGCCUUUGUGACAUCACUGCAUGCAGUCCCGCCCUUCUCCCCAACCCUUCCCGGGGCUGCCCGCUCCCCUUCCUCUUAGUUAGUCCGAUGCAGACUAUAGAGCAAUAAUGCGCACUGCAUGUGAAGCUGCCGCAGCCUCUAGAGUUACUGAGAAUCAGGUAUCCCCUGCCCCACCCAUCCCAUAGGCCCCUAGAUCAGGGAUGCUGCGCGGGGCCGGCCACGCAGACUUUCUUUCCCCAUUCCUUACCCCAGGGCAGAGCCCGGCAGGCAUCAUGGUUCCAGAGGCUGGAAUAAUGGAAUGGUAUUAACCGCGGCCUCUCUGUUAGCCCCUCAUCACUCACCGACUCACCAUUGGGUACCUACAAUAUGCCAGGCCCACUCCUGAAUCCGUCAGAGAUGUGGCAGCCUUCGGGGAGGUGCCUGUCAGUGACAGGAGCCAAACAAGCAUGGGUAGGCCAGGGUGGAAGGCAGUUGCAGAGGGCUGGAUCCCUGGGCCCUUGUGGCCUCUCCUACCCACCUCAGUCCCCCGUUUAUGCUGGAUCGUAGUCAGGCUCUGCCUUUGACUUGGGCCUUAUGUUCCCAGCUCAAAUCGGACAGGUCCCAGGGUCUCGGGGCCCAGCUUCACCAGGGCCACCCCUACAGGUACCCUUUUUUAUUUUUUAUUUUUAUUUUUUUUGAUUCCCCGAGAUACGAGGCUCUGCUGUCUGUGCUGCUAAGGUCCAACUAGCUGGAGUAUAUGGUAUGGCCAGCCUCAUUCCAGCACCAAGCUUGGCUACCCUCCUGGUGCGGACCCGCAGGCCUAGCAUAACAGUGCCCAUAUCCAACCCCCUUACUCCACCUGGCGAAACGCCCACAGUUCCUAGCCUGGGCCUGCCAGCCUGUGCCGCAUGCACACGCACACAGAGGCGCCCAUCCCCGCCCCACUCCUUACUCCUGUCUACCUACCUAUGGAGAAGGCUGGAAGGGCUGUGGGCCGGCCAGGAUCUCCCGCUUUGCCCACACCCUGCCGCCGUGGAAAGCCAUGGGCCCCCUCCCGCCCCCAUAACUAAGCAGCACAAUAACCGACUUAGCGAAUUCAGGUAGAAGGAACGUUUAGGUAGCACCUAUUUUGUACUGAUUCUACAAGUAGGGCCCGAGGUGCGGGGGGGCCCUCGGGUGGGGGCUGUGGCUGCCGGCCCGCCCCGCUCCCACCCCCGCCUGCGCCCCGCCACCUUGUACAUACUCCUGGCCCGCAACAGGGCAGGAUUUUUACUCGGGCCGUGUCCCUCUUCUGCCCCCGUUUGGGGCCGGGCCGGCCGGACAGACGGACGGACGGACAGACCUCCUUCCUAAGCACAAUAGCACCAGCUCCUCGGAGCGCCGCACCUCCACGAGGAGAAUAAAUGCCACUCUUGAUAGAA